GUCCGAGAGAAAGCGGACCGCCACGCCGCACCUCGCCUCAGACAAACCCGCCGCGCUACCGCGCAGCGGCUGGGCCUGCCCACGGCGCACUCCGCACCGCUGCGCACCUGUGACUCGGCUCGGCCCAGGCCGGGCGCCCCUCCCCUCUCUGCCUCCCUCUGCCAGCCCCCGCACCGGCUCCUCCGCCCCCGCCCCGCCCGCCGGGCCUCUCCCCUCUGCCCCGGCCCGUGGGCGGGGCGGGCUCCGGGCGGUGCCUCCCGCAGCGGGGCUGAGGCGGCUCUUUCCGUCAGUCGCCGCUGGUGCCGCACCAUGAGUGGGCCGGGGCUGCUGGGGCCCGGUGGCGGCUCGGGGCUGCCGCCACUGCCCAAGAGCCUGAGCGGGCUGCUGAACUCUUCCUCAUCCGGCGGCGGCGGCCAGGGCGGGCGCUGGCGGGACCUGGAGCGGCUCUACGCGCAGAAGUCCCGCAUCCAGGACGAGCUGAGCGGCGGCGGCCGGGGCUCGCCGCGGCCGCCGAAGCCUCCUAACCUGGACGCGGCGCUGGCCCUGCUCCGCAAAGAGAUGGUUGGUCUCCGGCAGCUGGAUAUGUCAUUACUGUGUCAGCUGUACUCCCUUUACGAGUCGAUUCAAGAAUACAAAGGUGCCUGCCAAGCUGACUCUAAUGCAGACUGCACAUAUGUUCUGGAAAAUGGGUUUUUUGAUGAAGAGGAGGAAUACUUCUAGCAGGAAGAUCACCUCCAGGCUGACUGAGGUUCUUCGGUCCUUCUCUCCAUGUAAUAAACCUUAUCAAGAACAACUGGAAUCUGUAUGGAUCUCUCCUCCUCUGGAGAAACACCCAGCCAUCCUGAGUAGUGUUAAAUUAACUUAUUUUAACACGUUGUCAGUACAAGUUACUCAUGCAAAUACCACUUGAGGAAAGUGCUGUACUCUUAACUUUUGAAGAGUCCUCAGACAUGCUUGACAAGCGCUUUCAAUUUAAUUUGCAAGGUGGGUGUUUUCAACUUACAAACGUUGGUAAUUUAUAACUGGAAUUUUUAUUGUAGAAGACAGCAGCGACUUCCUGAGUUGUAGUAACUUCAUAGGGUGGGAGGGAAGCUUCUGCUGUGGUGUAAAUAGCUAUAGGUGAUUUCUUUUUUUUUUUGUAGUCAACAAUAUCAAUAAAUGCAUUUUGAACUGGCAUCUGGAUUCACGCACAUCCGCAGCUCUAUUAAGCCUGUUUUGCUUUUACCAGCUGCAUCCAGUUUUGUACUGGGUGGAUUGUUUACACACUUGAAGUAAUUUUUUUCCUCCAUAAGCUAAUUUUGACUUUUUGUAUUCCAAGCUUACAAGAUGUACGUGCGUUAGUGGAUGUUGGCAGGUUUUUUUCUGUUGAUCUGAUUUGCUUUCUUGGUACUGCCACUUGGCAUUAACUUUUAUACUAUCGUCUGGAUUCCUCACAUCAAUGUAGCUCUUUGACUUGCUGAACUCUAUUCUGAAAUGCUUUGCUUAGCUUUUACUGCACUGCAUAGUAAAAGCACAGCACAGAUUCACACAUUGUCUGCCACUGUGUGGCUUGGAAUAACAUGAACUCUGGUGCAAGUGUUCUCGAUCAUAUGAAGAAUAAGCAAACCUCAUAUGACACAGUGGGACAAAUUGCAAUAUUUUAUACUGGGUGAACUUUGUUUCUGUAAGGUAAACUACAGCUCUUUUUAAAAAGGCAAAAUAAGUAUUUUGAGCACAUGCAUUGCAUAUGUUAAAACUUUUUUAUACUAACUCACUCUUUGAAAGUGUAACUUAUUUUUGUUUUCAGAACUUACAAAAGCACUCAGUUAAGUUUUUAUUAUUUCAUAGUGUGUACAUGUAAUGCUUAAUCGGCUUGGAAAAGGAGAGUUGCCAACUAUCUGAGUCUUCACCCUUCUCUGUUUUGAGUAAAAUCAGCUCCCAAUGCAAUUUUCAUUUCUUAAUUCUACAGACUGCUGUAAAACAGUGCCUGAAUCAUGACACAAGCUAAUAAUUUAAGGCUUAAAUCUCUAAGAGUUUUUGCAUGGUUCAUGUCUGGCAUGCAUACAGCUUACAGAAAGUAUUGGGGAACGAACACAUUCUGGCAUAGAUCCUCUCUUAAGUUUUUAGCAAAAGCUAGGAUGUUGCAGUGAUAAAAGCCAAGAGGCUUCCAAGGUGAAACUUUUGUUCAUUCUCUUCAAAACUGGCUUAUUUUAGUGGAAUCAAAGGCUAGAAGAAUAAAGACUGUGCUGUAAUUGUGUAUGCGUAUAAAUUCUUAAUCUAGUUUGUGACUAUGGAUGGAUUUUUUUUUUCCCCCCUAUGUUAAUUCUGGUCUAAUCACUUACCCAAACAAAAAUGAAGGAUAAGGCAAACACAUAAUCCACAUGGCUACAUCUAUAUUUAAGAAGUUGUGAGAGUAUGUGUGUGUGUAUGACUAUAUAUACGCACAUAUGUAUAUGCAGCUUCAUGCUUUGACUUAAGAAUGUAUCAGCUUUGAAUACAGUUUGAUGUGCUUUUGGUAUUUAGAUGAGGCUUUUUCUAAUCUGUUAAAGUACUGCUAUUUUGCUCUUUCCUGACAAAUAAAAAGCAUGAUAUUUAGCAGAAC